AGGCUCUUACAGUUCUUUUCUCUUCUUCUUCGUCGUCUUUAUUUUUUUGUUCGGUCGUGGGGAUGGCCGCGUGCCGUUUGCGUGCAACCCGGGAAAUGGGUUGACACAGAGCUUGCGGUUUUGCAAUGCGAGCCUGCCAAUAAGGGGGAGGGUGAGGGACCUGGUCGGCCGGCUGACGCUGCAGGAGAAGAUCCUGAUGCUGGUCAACAACGCCUCCGCCGUGCCCCGCCUCGGCAUCGAGGCCUACGAGUGGUGGUCAGAGGCCCUCCACGGCGUCUCCGACCAGGGCCCCGGAGUCCACUUCGGCGGCGCCUUCCCUGGCGCCACCAGCUUCCCCCUCGUCAUCACCACCGCCGCUUCCUUCAACGCCUCCCUGUGGCGCCAGAUUGGACAGGUGGUGUCAGACGAAGGAAGAGCUAUGUACAACGGAGGAGCUGCUGGGUUGACGUACUGGAGUCCGAACAUCAAUGUAUUGAGGGAUCCGAGAUGGGGCCGAGCGGAGGAGACUCCCGGCGAGGACCCUUUUGUCGUCGGCCAGUUCGCCGUCAACUACGUCAAGGGACUCCAAAGCAUCACCCAGCGCAAGCACCUUAAGGUCGCCGCUUGCUGUAAGCACUACACUGCUUAUGACCUUGACAAUUGGAAUGGUAUUGAUCGAUUCCACUUCAACGCCCAGGUAAGCGAGCAGGAUUUAGAGGAAACUUUCAAUGUGCCGUUUAAGGCAUGUGUGGAGGAAGGUCAUGUUGCUAGUAUCAUGUGUUCCUACAAUCAAGUUAAUGGAAAGCCCAGCUGUGCUGAUCCCAACCUCCGCAAUAUUAUUCGUGGUCAAUGGCACCUUAAUGGGUACAUUGUGUCUGAUUGUGACUCUGUUGAUGUGUUAUAUAAUGAUCAACACUACACAAAAACACCUGAAGAUGCAGCUGCUCUAACCAUCAAAUCAGGGUUGGAUUUGGACUGUGGAUAUUUCCUAGCAUUGCACACCGGGGCAGCCGUACAAGCCGGAAAAUUAAGCGAAGCAGAUGUUAACUUGGCCUUAACUAAUUUGCUAACUGUCCAGAUGAGGUUGGGAUUGUUUGAUGGUGAUCCAUCUACUCAAACUUAUGGACAAUUGGGCCCAGCAGAUGUGUGCAGCCUAGCCCACCAACGCCUUGCCCUUGAGGCAGCCCAACAAGGCAUCGUACUUCUUAAGAAUCUUGGAAAAUCACUGCCCUUGUCAACUUCGCUUCAUCGAACCGUCGCAGUCAUUGGGCCCAACUCCGACGCUACACUUACCAUGAUUGGAAACUAUCACGGUGUGCCAUGUGCUUACACAAGUCCUCUACAAGGGAUUAGCAAGUACGCAAAGACUGUUCAUCAACCGGGGUGCUUCGAUGGUGUGUUCUGCAAUGACAACCAGUUUUUUGAAAGCGCUGAGGUUGCAGCCCGACAUUCUGAUGCCACCAUCUUAGUGAUGGGCCAUAACCAGUCCAUUGAAACCGAGUCUCUAGAUAGGACCUCAUUGCUUUUACCUGGACGCCAAGAGGAGCUCAUUUCAAGAGUGGCUCAAAGCUCAAAGGGCCCAACCAUCUUGGUUUUGAUGUCUGGUGGGGCUAUUGAUGUCUCCUUUGCCAAUAAAAAUCCUCGUAUCUCUGCAAUUCUAUGGGCAGGGUUUCCAGGUGAAGUCGGCGGACAAGCCAUCGCAGAUAUUUUGUUUGGAACAAUCAAUCCAGGUGGUAAGUUACCUAUGACAUGGUAUCCCAAUAGCUACUUGGCUAAGGUGCCAAUGACCAACAUGGCCAUGCGAGCUAACCCAUCGACGGGCUACCCAGGUCGGACCCACCGCUUUUACAAGGGCCCAGUAGUAUUUCCAUUUGGAUUUGGAUUGAGUUACACCAAAUUUGUCCACUCGGUGAUUGAAGCUCCAACAACAAUUUCUAUUCCCAUUUCCAACUUUCGUGCCUUGAAAAACUCAACCCUACAGAGCAACACCAUCCCAAUCACCCAUGUUAAUUGUGUCAAACUCUCAUUGGGUGUACAUGUGGAAGUACAAAACACAGGCUCUGUAGAUGGGUCCCACACCGUUCUACUGUUCUCCACAUCACCAAAAGGAAAAGAGACUCCGAUCAAGCAGUUAGUGGGGUUUGAGAAGGUCCACAUGGCAGUCGGGUCUUAUAAACAUGUCAAAAUUGAUGUUGACGUGUGCAAACACCUUAGCAUUGUGGAUGAACAUGGAAUUCGAAGAGUUUCAUUGGGCAAGCAUACCCUUCACAUUGGCAAUCUUAAGCAUUCCAUUUCUCUCCAAGCAAGUUGAACAUUAUGGAAGAAAUCAAACCUCAAUGGUUGUUGGAACAACAGGGCACAGCUUUCCUUUUUCUAAAUUAUUAAAUAAACCUAAAUAAGAAUGUCCAUAGUCAAUCUCUAGGGAAGUUUGGGCAUGGUUAUUUACUUAGUGAAUAUACAAAUUGGCUAAAAGGAAGACCGUGCGAAAUUAAGAAAACCCUGUACAGUAUUUUUUCUUUGAAAUUUUGAAAAAAAAAAAAAAAAGAAGUGAACUUUGCUUUUUAAUGUAUGGCUGUAAUUUGUGCUUACAAAUUGUAAGAUAAGUUAAUGAAUUGAUAAGAAAUGGAAUAUUUUUUCCUGAAUGGAUAUUUGUUC